UAAAAAAAUAUCUUUUGAGUAGACAUUUUGUAAUUUUUUAUAUAAAUUUUAAUUAUUCCUUCAAGAUAAUUUAACAAUUUUCAUGCAGCUAACGUAUAUUUCAAGUCCUUUUUUUGAAGCCAAAAAAUCUAAUAAAGGGAAUUUUGUUUGCUAGUAUUUUUAAUUAAAUAAAAGUUUUAUUUUAUUUUAUAUACAAAGAUAUUCGUUGUUAAGCGAUUUCAUCAAAUCUAUUUUAAACAUUACUGUUUAUAUAAAAGAAAUUUGCCACCCGAAGUGGUUAACCAAUAAAACCAAUAAUAUAAAAUAAUAGGAUAGUAUUAAAAAUGUUUUGUAAAGAAGAAACCCAAAUCUAAUUUAUAUACCGACUAACUUGGAAAUAUUCUGAUAUGCAAAAAUACAAGGGCAUUAUUAACACACAGCAAUCGAAUGAAAGGACUAUAACAGACGACCCACUGGAUUCAGAAAUAAUUUUUCAAUCGUUUAAAGAUUUAGAUCAGAAUACUAACGACCAUAUUUUACUAGAAGAAGAUGAUGAGUUUGAUGACAAGAUUACAAAGGAUGAAGAUAUUUUUAACUUCGAUUUCAAGGAAGAAAAUAAUAACUUAAACGAAAUUCCAGACAACACUCGUCAGAAUUACGUGCAUAAAAUUAAAUCAGUGGUUGAUAAUCAUGGAAUGAAUAAUUAUGUUAGAUCUAAUGCAAAGUCUCAUUCAUUGAGCUAUCCAUUCCAUCGUAGAUUGGCCAUAGCUCCUGAUGAAACGGAAGUAUCAACAAAAUUAAACACGUUCCAUAUCUUUUCACCCUUCUAUGCUAACUGGCAAAAAAAUUGUGACGCUCUUACAUAUUAUAAACGUCGAAAUUCAUUCCCACACCACGUAUCUUGGGAAAGCAUGGAAAGUGGUUACAACACAAAUUACGCAGGGGAUAAUGAUGUCAAGACUGAAAAGUAUAAACAAUGGUCUAUUUUCAAAUUGUUUGACAAAAACGGCAAAAAACAAAAAUCGUCAGUGUCAGAAUUAGAUGAGAUUAUGAACUCUAUCAGAUCAGAAGAAGGUGAUUUCAAAAAUAGUAUGUUACAUUAUAAGAAUCAAGACUGGACUAAGCUUUGGCCUUUGGAAAAUUAUUUUGAAAACGAUUAUAACCUUCUUUGUCAUAAAGACAAGACGUUCCAAUUAAAAAAUGCAAUUUGGGAAUUGUAUACUUUAGAAUCGGAAUUUUAUUUCGACACUCUCCUAGUGCUCAGAAAUGUUUAUAUGUAUUCUUUGAAAGCUAUUCAAGUUGAAGGUUAUCUAAUGGAUGCCGAACCAGAAAUCCUAUUUGGAAAUUUAGAAGAGAUAUGCACAGUUACACAGCAAUUUUGUAAAGACUUAAUAAAAGCUAUCGAAGAGACAAAUUUUGAUCUAAACAGGUUAUAUCCUAGACUUUUGAUUUUAAAUAAGGAUAAAGAGACGGGAAAUCUUAAAAACAAUGCAUAUCACAAAUAUUGCCUUAACUAUUUAAACGCUCUUAAUCAUCUGUACAUAUUACGAUACUUUGGGGAUUUCUGCCAAUAUGAAACUUGGUGUCGGAAUAACCCAAUAUGUAAGAAGAGAAGUUUAUCGGAUUUAUUAAUAUCUCCUGUUCAACAUUUCAUGAAAAUUCCACUGAUUUACAAAAAUAUUCUAAAACGAAGCGAUUCGGAUAUGUUAAAAGAUGGAUUGGGAGAUAUAAUUAACGACUUGGAUAAAUCGUUACAAGCGCUGGAGGAAAAGAUGAAGUGGAUGAAAAAUUACAAACAAUUACAAGAAAUAGACAAUUCUCUAAUUUGGCCUCGUAUAGAGAAUAACAAUAGAUUCGGAAUAUAUUCAGAGGUUAUCAAAAAGCGCAUCAAUGCUAAUAUCAGGCCUCUGAGCAUUGCAAACCCAAGAAGAAGAAUAAUUCAAGAGGGAAAUUUGUCCAUGAUAGAUAUGCAAAGCAAGUGGAUUGAAGUUAGGGUAUUUCUUUUUGAAGAUGUCAUAAUUAUCGCAAAGAUCAAAAAAUCUAUAAAUCGAAAAGAUUUAUCUCCUGGAAAGAAAAAUAAUAACCUCAUCGGUUACGAGGUUUUGAAUCAACUGAUCGAUGUUGAAAGAUUGCUUAUAGACGAUAUCAAAAAUAAUGAGGAAACUUUUAUAGGAAUCAGAAACAUCUUCAUAAUAACACAUCUAUCAAAACAUAAUGAAAUCGUAGCCUCCUAUUUACUUCAAGCUGAAAAUGGGGAAAGCAAGAAAGAAUGGGUGGCAAAAAUAAAACAAGUGCACAAAACAUGGUUCGAAAAUAUUAUGGUUAAAUGCUGCAUGCAGGCCGACAAUUGCAAACCUGAAAACCAAAUCAAUAUACUAUAAAAUUUGAAUAAUGCUUUAUGUAUAUACUAUAUAUUCUCUUAUGAAUUAUCAUUUUAUAACAUUAGAUAUAAUAACAAAUAUAUAAUUUCUUUAAGACCAAUAAAUAUCAAAUAAAAUGAAUCAA